AUGCUGUCUAAGAAGUCGUCUAUAUUAUUUUCAUCCUCCUAUGCUAACCUCGGCCCUCUUUGCUAUAGCCACACGUCGUCCCAGUCGCCGGCUGGACCCGCGCCGUCAUGCCGUCAUACAUUCUCACACCCUCAACCCGCUCGACACGCACGCAAUUAUGCCCAGCACGUCGACCCGCCCCCGCACCGCGGUGAUGUAGACCCGUUGAACUGGCCGGAAGCUAUCAAGCCGCACAAGACGCCGACUCCAUAUCAGAUUCUGACGUGUAAGAAGGGCGAGGCCUAUAGCAAGAACCGCUUCUAUGCCCUCGUCAAACUAUACCACCCCGACCGAUGCCACGCAACGUCGGCAGUCGCCCACCUACCCCUCCAUGUGCGCCUGGAGCGAUAUCGCAUGCUGGUCGCUGCGCACGAUAUUCUGUCUGAUAUCGAAAAACGCAGAGCAUACGAUGCAUGGGGUCACGGUUGGCUAGGCCACCACAAUACGCCCACCACACACCACCAUCACAACUGGGAAUACGAUCAGCGGCGCUGGGCGAGUGAUCCUCGCAAUAACGCUACAUGGGAAGACUGGGAACGAUGGCACAACGAGAAUGACGGCAGCAAAGAGCCAGAUGCCCACACAAUGCAGCUGUCAAACUUCGCCUUCAUGUCGCUCCUGUUCGCCUUUGUUAGCAUAGGCGGCGUCGUGCAGGGCACACGAUUCAACACCUUCAACAAUUCUGUAAUAGAGAGGAGAGACCAGAUCCAUCGCGAAGCAAGCAUGGAGCUACGGCGAAGUAAGCACGCCACCAUGAGCGGGGAUCGGGAUGAGCGGAUACGAACCUUUUUAGAGCAUAGAGAAUCGUCUAUUAUGGGCGAGCAAUCGUACCAGCGCUUGCUCCCCCCGGCGGACAACUGCGCACCUGACGGAGUUAGGAGGCAAUAA